UUGAACUAACCAAAUUUAUGACAGAAUGAAACUUGUUGUGUUGAGCUAUUGAGUUCUUUGCCCUCAGAUUUUUGAUGCUGUUAAUAAUUUAAUAGUGAUAGUGCUGAUGAUAAGAACUAUUUUUCUUGCUUGAAAUCAAGUCAUUAAAAGUAUUAAAUAUGGCGUCUUCUUUGGAGAACUUGGAAAGUCAAUUGGAACUUUUUAUCGAAAAUGUCCGUCAAAUUCACAUAAUCGUCAGCGAUUUUCAGCCCCAAAGCCAAAAUGUACUGAACCAGAAACUACUUGCACUGGUGCACGGUUUACAAGAAGUGGAUAAACUCAAAUCACAAGUACAAGAAGUUCAUGUACCCUUGGAGGUUUUUGAUUACAUUGAUCAAGGACGUAAUCCACAAUUGUAUACAAAAGACUGUAUUGAAAAAGCCUUGGCCAAGAAUGAACAAGUCAAGGGUAAAAUUGAUGCCUACCGCAAGUUCAAAGCAAACAUGUUGCUAGAAUUGAGUAAAACGUUUCCAAACGAGUUGAGUAAAUAUCGGGCGAUAAGGGGUGAUGAAUGAAUAACAAAUAUUUUGAAAAUAACUAUUUAUUAUAAUCAAAAAUAAGCUAUAAAAACGCAUUAUUCAAUAAAUGUUAGGUAUAGUACUCAUGUUUAA